CGGGAGAUGUAGUUUUGUAACAUACCCUCUUUAGAGUUCACCUCUAGAAGUGACAUAGGGCGUUGGAGUUACGUCCAUGGGGCGGCUGCGCCUGUGAAGUAUGUUUGAAUCCUGAGUUACCCGCACUUCCCGAGCAGCAUGGAGCUGUUUGCCCUAGAUACCGUGUGUGUGGGCUCCGGUCUGGCUCUGACGGGUCUCUUCUACUAUCUGUACCGAAGGCAGCUGGCCACAGUGAGCCGUAUCCAGGAUGCUCACAAACUGCAGGUUGAUGGCAACCUAAGAAGUAAACUUGAGUCCGCUCCGGAUCAAGAACUCGGCUAUGUGGCACUGGAGGGUGUGGUAGAAGCUGUGGAUACUGCACUCCACAGUCAGAAUUAUCCACAUUUCCAAGCUGUAAUCCAGAGACACCAGGUGAUUGAGCACCGACUAUUGUGGAACAGCCUGACAAGGAGCUGGAAUGAGUGUGAACGUGUGCUAUACAAGAAUGUAAACUCCGUCCCUUUCCACCUCUGUCCACUAGAGGGAGCAGGAGAGUCAGUACUAGUAUGCAGUCCUUUAAAUGCAUCUGGUCUGGUCUUAGAAACCAUUCAUGAACAAUUCCAAGCUUCAUCCCCUGGCCUUGGAGAGCUGCUGGGGCAUUACUUCACUGGGGAAAAGCCUACUGGUUUGUUGGAGACAGAAGAGGUCUUACCUGUAGGGGCAAUUCUGACAGGACUAGGACAGCUAUCACUGGAUAAAGAGGGAGUGAUGAUGCUAUGUCCUCCUGAGAACGGUUCUAAAUAUUUUCUCUCUCUUGCUGGAUAUGAUGAGAUAUUGCAACAGCAGGAGUCUUUAGCCUACUUUUGGAGGAGUGCAGCAAUCUUUUGUGGGGCUCUGGGUGCUGCAUUUCUUUGUUUCAGUUUGUAUCGGGUAUAUCGCAGACAUAAGGAGAAGCAGGAGAGGGAAUCAAGCUGGCAGAAUACACUUGAUGAGGAACAGUUACCUGACCAGGAGUCGACAUCAGACAGAACAUGUGUGGUCUGUAUUUCUCAGCCACGUGAAUGUGUUUUUCUGCCCUGUGGACACGUAUGCUGCUGCUUCACGUGUUACCAGUCAUUACCCACCCACACGUGCCCCAUUUGCAGGUGCAACAUUGAAAGAGUAGUUCCUCUUUACCAAGUCUGAAUACCAUGCUCUCUGCAUGCACCACUGGCCUGGGACUCAGGGUUUCUUCUUUUUAUGUGACCACAAGAAUCAAAAGGACAGCAUAAGCAAUUGCAUCAUUCAUUUGUUCGCUGACAGUAAAAACGGACUGUGUAUUGGGUACCUGUGUUCCUUGAUAAAUACCAACCACAAACUACUUUUUUAUAUUUUUUUCUACUAACCUUGAAUAAGUGGACAUUAUUACACAACUUAACAUACAAAGACUUUACAUAUCAUAAGUACAUUUUCUCUAUGUAAGUGAUUACAGGCUAUACUUAAUACCAAUAUUACACAACUAAUUGAAUAAAUCACUCAAAAAUA